CCAGACUCUACAUUUAGUUCUGAUGUAAACGUGAAUUCUUGACAUGAAACAUCACAUGCUUUUAUUUCAGGGUUAACCUCCAUUUCAGCUAAUCAUGGGAGAGAUUAAAGUCUCUCCUGAUUAUAACUGGUUUAGAAGUACAGUCCCCCUUAAAAAGAUCAUCGUGGAUGAUGAUGAUAGUAAGAUCUGGUCGCUCUACGAUGCGGGCCCCAGAAAUAUCAGGUGUCCCCUCAUAUUUCUCCCUCCGGUCAGCGGCACUGCAGAUGUAUUUUUCCGGCAGAUUUUGGCUUUGACUGGAUGGGGUUACCGGGUUAUAGCUUUGCAAUAUCCAGUUUAUUGGGACCAUCUUGAAUUCUGCGAUGGAUUCAGAAAACUUUUAGACCAUUUACAACUGGAUAAAGUGAGUACCUUGAAACUAAUUACUCAACGUGUGAUUUUAAUGCAGCAUUUACAUUGUAAAGCCUGCUCACUGAUUAUUUGUGAUGAUUUUUCAUUUUAAAAUGAUCAGGUCUUUUUUUUUUUUUCUUUCUUUCCCCGCAGCUUUUGGCUGAUGCCAUCAUUUAUGCUCAAAAAAAUAGUUCUCGGCAACUUUUCAUCUGGCCCAGUGGACCCUAUGAUGGCUGACGCCAUUGAUUUCAUGGUGGACAGGCUGGAAAGUUUGGGUCAGAGUGAACUGGCUUCAAGACUUACCCUGAAUUGUCAGAAUUCUUACGUGGAACCUCAUAAAAUUCGGGACAUCCCUGUCACCAUUAUGGACGUGUUUGACCAGAGUGCACUUUCAACUGAAGCUAAAGAAGAAAUGUACAAACUGUAUCCUAAUGCCCGGAGGGCUCACCUUAAAACAGGAGGCAAUUUCCCGUACCUGUGCAGAAGUGCAGAGGUGAACCUUUAUGUCCAGAUACACCUGCUGCAAUUCCACGGAACCAAGUAUGCAGCCAUUGACCCGUCGAUGGUCAGUGCCGAGGAGCUCGAGGUGCAGAAAGGCAACUUCGGCAUCAGUCAGGAGGAGCAGUAGCCGGGGCGUCGGCUGUCAGUGGUGAGUGACCCAGCGAGUCCACACAGUGACAUCCGUGCCCGCCCGUCGGCCUCUCCGUUCGUCAGGUCCACCGCUUAUCACUGUGUUUGGAACGAGGACCGAGUGUCGACUUUGUGACAGGCGGCAGCUCUUCUAAGCCCGUGUAACUAUUCCCUCUUUGGUUUUUUUAGCUUUUGAAUUUAAAGAAGUACUUUUGAAGACACUCAUUUUAAGACUUGUGAAAAUUUUGCUACCAAAAGUCUUCACUACUAUGUUCUUAAGUUAACGUUAAUUUUGGAAGUUCGGGAUUUGUGGGGGGGGGUUUCUUUCCUUUUUCUUCCUUUUUGUCACUUGCUGUAAAUGUUGCAUAUCCACACCGUGUGUCUGAAGGACACUGGUUAUUUUUAUGCUCCUCUUGAUUAUAAGCGUUAUCAGAGUGCCAAGGCUGUCACCUAUUGUUGGCUCUCCUGCAAAUCAACUACUACUAAUUUCCAGUUAAGCUCGUUGUUUUCCGUUUUGGCUGUGGUCUUUCUACCCAUUACAGUCUUUGGAAUAAAAAUUCAAUUUCA